AUGCCAAGUUAUACAAAGUUUCUAAAAGAGAUUUUGAGUAAAAAGAAAAAGUUGACUGAGUAUGAGAUUGUAGCCCUGACUGAAGGGUGCGGUGCUUUGUUGUCCAGUAAAAUCCCUCCUAAGCUGAAAGAUCCUGGAAGCUUUACAAUUCCUUAUUCAAUUGGAGGAAAAGAAAUAGGAAAAGCCCUAUGUGACGUAGGUGCUAGUAUAAACCUCAUGCCUUCAUCUAUCUUCAAUACUCUAGGCAUAGGUGAAGCUAGACCUACAACUGUGACUCUACAAUUAGCUGAUAAGUCUAUAGCCUAUCCUAAAGGAAAGAUUGAGGAUGUCCUAGUUCAG